UCGUACGCAUAUACACGUUAUCUAUACGCCCGCACGCACACGUAUCAUACGCCUCGUCACACAUGAUUUUCCCGUCACCAAUUGUCGGUCAACGUUGCUUUGGACCUACAUCUCCUGCCCCUUUACCUAACCUGCUAUGCAUACGUAUAGGGUAAUGCCAGAGGUCCCCCAGAACAUGCAGCAAGGCCUCCAACGCAUGGAACUCGAAGCCCGAUCUGUUGAACCGCGAAAUUCAUCCUCCCAAGGCCCUGAAUCUGGUACGCGACACGUCCGCGAGCCCUCCUUGUCUACUGUGCUCAACACCCGGAUGAACAGCUUUGGGCAGCAAUACCAACCGGGCCAGAACCCUUCGACUGACUCCAAUCCCGCCUCCAACUUUAGCCCUUUCCAGGACGCCCAGGAUCGUGGUCGGCCGGUCGAUAGAAACCCUCCGGAUAUGCGCGACUUACCCUCCUUCUCCCCCUUUCCCAAGGUCCAGGGGGAGCACAUACCCCCGAGCGACGAGGAGAAAGAGGCUGUCUUGGCUGAGAGCCGUCAACAUGUCCUCCACUCCAACGACCCCAACAUGCAGAUUUGCUGGGCCCGUGAUGUGCUGUCCUAUGUUGAGAUAGCUGCCGAGGCCGCCAUCCGGGAAGAGGAUGCUGCGCGGGACGUCAACGACCGAGACCCCCCGGUGCGACCGGCAACGCCCAAGAUCGAGCACGAGCUGCGGGUUGAUGCCAUCAACAUCGUCACCUAUCUCGCCGAUCAAGGCCACCCCGAAGCCCUAUUCAUUAAGGGUAAGUGGCUCGAGUUUGGCAAAUUCGGUAAGCGGCAGGAUAAGAAGGAAGCCUACACGUGUUAUGCGGCGGCCGCCCAGUCCGGCUGGGGCCGCGCUGACUAUCGCAUCGGCAUGCUCUACGAGAACUCAAACGAUGUCGACAAAGCGAUGAGACAUUACCAGCUGGGCAUGGUCGCGAAGGAUUCCGCCGCCUCGUAUCGACUGGGCAUGAUCAACCUAUUAGGCCAGCACGGCCAAGUCAAAGAUAUCCCGAGGGGCUUGGAUUUGAUACACAGCGCUGCCGAUACCGCCGACGAGGACGCCCCCCAAGGCGCCUUUGUCUAUGGCAUGCUUAUCGCCAGGGAUCUGCCCGAUGUCACCAUCUCCGACGGCACCCUUGCAUACGACGUCGGCGUCGCGCGGCAGUACAUUGAAAAGGCAGCCUACCUGGGUUUUGCGAAGGCGCAGUUGAAGAUGGGACAGGCGUAUGAGCUGUGUCAACUCGGCUGCGACUUCAACCCAGCCUUGUCCCUGCACUACUAUGGCCUAGCCGCCAGACAAGGCCAACCUGAAGCAUGCCUGGGCGUCAGCCGAUGGUUCUUGUUUGGGUACGAGGAUGUUUUUACCAAGAACGAGGCUCUCGCUUUCAAAUAUGCCCAGUUAGCCGCUAAGGCUAAGCUGCCGACUGGAGAGUUUGCUAUGGGUUACUAUCACGAGAUCGGAAUAUCCGUUGAGAAAGACCUGCGAGCGGCUCGCAGGUGGUACGAGCUAGCGGCAGACCACGGCAACAAGGAUGCUGUAGAGAGAUUGGACAGUCUAUCGCAAUCAAAAGCGUUGUCGAAACAGGAUCACGAGACGACGGCGUUGACAAGGAUCAAGUCGAAGCACGGUUCCCAGAGAGGCCAGAGGCCGGAACGGUUCAAGCAGAUGGGCAACGCAAUGCCAACCGUAUCGGAAGACCAAAACCACCCCCAACUCGCCCCCAGGGCGUCCCCGAGGGCGUCCCCGCGGGUGUCGCCUCACCCAUCCCCCCGAGUUCAUAAUGCUGAUCAUACCGAUAUGCCCGAUCCAUCUCGAAUCAACAUCAACAGCCCCAAUCGUCCCCCAGCCUUUACUGUCAACCUUAACGAUCGUCCCAGGUCGGCUGCUCCCUACCCCGCGGAUGACGGGCCGCCAUCUCUGUCGUUACGACCGAAGUCAGCCGCCCCUUAUCCCGAAGACGACAUACUAGGCGCCAAACCGCCGCUGUCGCCUCACUUCAGCCCGGGCAUUCGACCGUCAGCAGGGCCAGUUGCAGAUCGCCCAGGGAGCUCCUUUGGAAUCCGCGCGCACUCCCAAGGUCCACCCGGCGGCAUGCGCCCGCCACCCCCGGGGGGGCAGCUCCCUAUACCCCCGGCCGGCAUGGAUCCGAACCGCGGCCGCCCUCCUUCGACUAAUUGGCAGCCACAAGCCCCGAGCGGCUACCGACAGCCUAGUCCUGGACAUGGGCCCGGACCCGGGGGUCGGGGUCGUCCCAUUACAGGGCAAUUUGAUUCGCGGCCACCGCCAGGUGCAUACGACCAGCGGCCUGGGUCGGGUCACGGCCCCAAUCGGCUGACCAAACAGGGCCCACCUCCGGGCCAGUAUCCACCGGGCGGCUACGGCCCGAGAGAUUCAUCCAUGCCGCCGCACAGCCCAGGCUCCCGUGUCUCGACGGCCCCCUACGAUCAAUACGGAGGCCGAGCGCCGGGUAUGGCUCCACCAACCAUGAGUGGCGGACUAGGGCCUCGAACUAACUCCAUUCCGGUCGGAGGUCCGCCUCAGGGAGGCCCUAACCCUCAGAGGAUAUCGAGCGCUGGUCGACCGGGUCAGCCACUAAAAGAUCGUCCUAGUCCUCUCGACCAGGGUGGUCGCGCCAGCGCGCCGCCUCAGCAGGGACAUCCGGCACUCGCGAGCCCGCCGCCGCCCAUAAACAGCCCCUCCGCUGCGCCUGCGGCCGUUCCAUCUCCCGCCCCAGCUUCGAAAACCAAGACCAACCAAGGUCCCGCCACUUUUGAGGCGAUGGGUAUCCCUCAGGGCAAGUCGGACGACGAUUGCGUUGUUAUGUAAGACGCAUCGGCCAUAUAUCUCGCGU